AUGGCACAACCCAUCCAAGAUGCAUGCAUGCCAAUUGCAGUCAUUGGCAUGGCAUGUCGCUUCCCAGGGGAUGCGACAUCUCCAGACCAUUUGUGGGAGCUUCUUGCAAAUGGUCGGAACGCCUGGUCGGAGUUUCCAAAGGACCGGAUUAACAUUGAUGGGUUUUACCAUCCGAGUGGAAAUAGAGAAGGCUCUAUAUGCUUCAGAGGAGGACACUUUUUGAAAGAAGAUAUAGCUGCCUGGGAUGCUCCUUUCUUCUCCACUACUGCCCAUGAGGCAGCUGCUAUGGACCCUCAGCAGCGAAUCUUACUUGAAGUUUCGUAUGAGGCUUUUGAGAAUGCCGGCAUACCGAUUGAAACACUCCCAGGAACCUCAACAGCUGUCUAUUGUGGGUCUUUUGUAAAAGAUUACGAGCAAAUUUGCCUGAGAGAUCCCGACUUCAGCCCGCAAUAUGCCGCCACUGGGAAUGGCAUUGCAAUCAUGUCGAAUAGGAUCUCUUGGUUCUACGAUCUCCGAGGGCCAAGUAUGACUCUUGACACAGGAUGCUCCGCCAGCCUAGUAGGUGUGCAUCUUGCUUGCCAGAGCCUAAGAACAGGAGAAUCCACGUUGGCAAUUGCCAUGGGUGCCGGCAUGAUUUUGACUCCAUCCACAAUGAUGCCAAUGACUGCCCUUAAUUUCCUCAGCCCAGACGGGAAGUGCUUCGCCUUUGAUGAACGGGCAAAUGGGUAUGGUCGUGGCGAGGGUAUCGGUGGCAUCGUUCUGAAACCCCUCGCCGACGCUCUCAGAGAUAAUGAUACCAUUCGCGCUGUCAUACGUGGAUCAGGUGUCAAUCAAGAUGGGAGAACACCAGGAAUCACAAUGCCAAGCAAAGAUGCUCAAGCUUUGAAUAUUCGUGCAGUCUACAAAUUAGCAGGUCUGGGAUACAACCGCACAGCAUACUUUGAAGCUCAUGGUACUGGGACUCAAGCUGGAGAUCCCACUGAACUUGGGGCAAUCUCAGAAACUUUUGCUGAGACUCGCGAUCCUAAGGAUCCAAUCUAUGUCGGUUCAGUCAAAACAAAUAUCGGCCAUCUUGAAGGCUGCGCCGGUAUUGCUGGUGUAGUUAAAGGUGUUUUGAUGUUGGAGAAAGGCUUGAUCCCUCCUAAUUUAUAUUUCGAGAAUGUGAAUCCAAAGAUUGACCUUGACGCCUGGCAUAUCAAGAUCCCACAAAGUGUGACACCGUGGCCCAUGGUUGGCCUUCGAAGAGUUAGCAUAAAUUGUUUCGGGUUCGGAGGGACGAAUGCCCACGUUAUUCUUGAUGAUGCCUUUCACUAUCUUUCAGAGCGAGGUAUGGAUGGGAAUCACAAUUCCAUCGAAUUGUCUACAUCUGCUUCUCCUGCUACCACUGAUUCGGGAAUCAUUAUUGACACGCCACCCUCGAAUGCCGGGACCUGGGAAUCCGAGUCCAAUACGGCCAGAGCGAGACUCUACGUUCUAUCCUCACAUGAGCAAAGUGGCAUUGAAAAGCUGUCCCAUGAGUACGCAGAAUAUCUCGUGGGAAAAGAAAGUUCCCUCAGCUCAUCCCACGAUGCAUCAAAACUUUCUGCAGAUCUUGCCUAUACUCUAGCGUCUCGCAGGACAAGGCUACCCUGGAAGGCUUUCACAAUUUCGUCAUCUCCCGAGAAGCUCAAAAGUCAAUUCGUCCAAGGCGUGACCAAGCCUGUCAGAUCAUCCGAGGCUCCCAACGUAGCAUUCAUAUUCAGUGGACAAGGAGCACAAUGGUAUGCGAUGGGUCGAGAAUUGCUCCAAUACCAAGUGUUUCGAGAUAGUGUUGAAGGAGCGGAUACCUACUUGAAGUCUAUCGGGAACGACUGGUCACUACUUUCCGAACUCCUGAAGAAUGAGAAAGAGUCAAUAAUUAACCUUCCCAAAAUUAGCCAGCCGCUUUGCACUGCUUUACAAGUCGCUCUGGUGGAUUUGCUCCAUGAUUGGGGCGUAAAACCUUCCGCAUUGAGCGGUCACUCCUCGGGCGAAAUUGCGGCUGCGUACGCUCUCGGCGCACUUUCAAGACUGGAUGCUUGGAAGCUUGCAUACCAUCGGGGUCGCUUGACGAGUGACAUUGCAUCUUUGUCUCCUGGUCUCCGCGGACGCAUGAUGGCUGUGGCACUCUCGAAGGAUGCUGCCGAGGCUUUCUUAAGGGAGGGUAAGAGUGGUGUUGCUAUUGUCGCCUGCAUCAACAGCCCCGAAAAUGUCACAGUCUCUGGAGAUGAAAGUGCAAUCUUGGAACUCGAAGAUCGCCUUCUAAAGGAAGGUGUGUUUGCACGCAGAUUAAAGGUCGAAACCGCCUACCACUCCUCCCACAUGCGAGUGAUUGAGAGCCAGUACUUGCAAGCCAUCUCAGAUGUUCGGACCAAAGAAUCAUCAGCUGGUAGAACCAUGUUCUCCUCUGUCACUGGGACUUCGAUCCGGUGUGAGCAAUUGGGCCCCGAAUACUGGGCCCAGAACCUGGUCUCACCGGUCAGAUUCUCGGAGGCAGUCCAAUCUCUUUUGCGGUCGAAAGCCGUCAAAGCCAAUGUAAUACUCGAAAUCGGUCCAUCGGGAGUCUUGCAAGGUCCAUUGAAGCAGAUUCUGGCUGGAGAAGGAAAGCUAAAAUCCAGACCCAUCUACAUUUCGAUGCUUUCACGUGGUAAAGAUGCAGUGGUUACAGCGAUGGAAAUGGCUGGGACAUUAUUUACUUUAGGCCACUCCUUGGAUCUUGGAAAAGUUAAUAUGAGUAUCCUAGAUACUAAGCCGCGAGUACUGAGCGAUCUCCCCACAUACCCGUGGAAUCAUGCAAAGACCUAUUGGCACGAAUCACACAUCGGCGCUGCUCACAGAUUUCGAAAAUACGGACGUCAGGACCUGAUCGGCUCGCCAUCUGCUGAUUCAACUCCCUUUGAGCCUCGGUGGCGCGGUUUCAUUCGCGUGUCUGAAAAUCCUUGGGUUCUGGAUCACCAAGUUCAGAACACCAUCAUUUACCCAGCCGCUGGCAUGAUGUCGAUGGUACUUGAAGCAGCACAGCAGAUCCAGGAUAUCGAUCGCAAAGUGGACGGCUAUGAGAUUGCAAAAAUGAACAUUCUCAAAGCAAUGAUUGUCCCUGAGACAAUUCAUGGUCUCGAGACCGCUAUCAACGUCAAGAUCCACGAGCCGAUAUCGAAAAUGGUAGCGUCAUGGUUCGAGUUUACCAUUUAUUCGAAACUGCUUGGCGGAACUUGGACCAAGAAUGCUGAUGGGCUGAUGUGUAUUCGAUACAAGGCUGAAAGUACCGAUAUCAUCUCCAAUGAUGAGUUCAAGAAGGCUUUCGAAGAUUCAAAAGAGAGCUGCAAUGAGAGUAUGUCGCCCAGACAGCUGUACGAAACACUCGAGAGCAUCGGGAUGAAAUACGGAUCGACGUUCCAAAACAUUGUUGCAGUUAGCAAGAAGAACAAUGUUUCUUGUUCAACUGUUCGAAUACCCGACACGAAGAGUCGAAUGCCCGCGAAGUACGAAUACCCGCACCUGUUACACCCGGCAACACUGGACGCCAUGUUCCAAACGGUUUUUGUAACAGGAUCAGAACCUAUGGUUCCGUCGCUCCUUGAAAGCUUGUUUGUCUCAGCCGAAUUUCCUCGUGGCUCAGGGAAAGAGCUUAGUGGGUAUUCUACGGCGUUCAGACGAGGCCUCCGUGAUGCCACGGGAUCUAUCGUCAUGUCUGAUGAAUCUUGGCGAAAGCCAAUGAUUAUUGUCAAGGAUCUGCAUUUUACAGCUUUGUCUUCGUCACCAGAAGAUUUUGCAGACAGCGGAUAUCUUCCCAAUCAUCAUAAACUUUGCGCCGAGCUUGAAUGGCAACAGAAUAUCGAUACUGCCUCUGUUGAAAGUCUGUCUGAGUGGAUUCGACUACUUACUUUCAAGAAUCCGGAUCUCAACAUUUUGGAGAUAUGCCAUGCUGAAGAUCCACUUAUUGAGUCUAUUUUUGACAUUCUGGUCGAUAAUCCAAGCUCGACUCCUCGUCUAUCAAGAUAUACACUGGCAAGUGAGGAUUCAAGCAGUGAAGAUGUGCUGCAAAGCAGACUUGGCAAAUCAUCUGCGUACGUUCUCUGGAAGACUUUACAAGGAACCAUUGACCUUGAGAAGUCUGACUUCAAAGCACGGACCUUCGACUUGGUGGUUUCGCAUGUUGGAGCCCCAGAGCCUUUGGCGACAUUGCAAAGUCUUCUCAAACCGAAAGGAAAUCUAGUACUGUUAAAGGACUCCCAAACGAACACCAAAGAUCUCAGCACGUACCAAGUUGACCAUCAAAUGAGCCUUCACAAUGGCGACUUCCAAACCCUAAUUACGUCGAAUGAAUUCUUCGAAUCCCAGGGUGCAAAUAACAGGGCGCUCAUCUUGUGCAGCUCUCCUCCCUCAUCCCCAUCAAUUUUAGCUCGUGAAGUUCUACUCGUCAUACCGAAAAGUCCUUCGACAGACAUACAGAUCCUUUCUUCAAGACUCACUGAAGCGCUCCUAAUCAACGAAAUCAAAACUUCGACAACUGAUCUCCUAAGCUCCGUGGAGCAAGUUUCUCAGAAGAUCUGCAUCGCGCUGUUGGAAAUUGAGUCUCCUCUGGUGUUCAACUGGACAAAAGAAGAAUUUGAUGCAUUCCGAUCUAUUGUGUCGCUUUCUGCGGGAUGCUUGUGGGUCACGAGAGGUGGGCAUGUUGAGGCUGAAUUGCCACUCAUGGGUCCGGCUGCGACUUUGCUCAGAACAAUUCGAUCUGAGGACCCGCAAAAGCUUCUUUUCAGCUUGGAUCUGGAUCCCUCCCCAGCAAUUGACCUAGACGCGGCUGGAGCCGCAAUCAUGCAUGUCUUGUCGGCAUCCUUUGACCCAACUUCGACAUCUGAAGAAACAGAGUAUGCUCAGCGAGGAGGAAAGUUACUGAUUUCCCGAGCCGUCUUGCAAGAGAAACUUAGUGGCAAGAUUGAGCGCGGCACUUCUCAACGAUCUCCAGUUGCUUUACCAUUCUUCGAUGGAAGUCGACCUUUGCAGUUGGAAGUCAAAAAUCUAAGGAAUCUUGACUCCCUUUGUUUUGUUGAUGAUCCUGUACAAGAAUUGACACUUGAACCACAUGAAGUUGACGUCAAGGUGCUAGCCGUUGGUGUCAGUGCAACUGAUGUCAGAACUGCGAUGGGGCAAAACUCAUACGGUCAUUUCGGAACAGAUGCUUCUGGUGUUGUAGCGAGAGUUGGCUCAGCUAUCACCGAGGUCAAAGUUGGAGACAGAGUGACAGUCAUCGUACAGGGAGCGCUUAAGACAUUCGUUCGGUGCCCUGAAUCGAUGGUCCAGCUGAUGCCGGAUGAGAUGACUUACGAAGUAGCUGCUUCUCUCCCAAGUGAUCUUGUUUCUGCCUAUCAUGCAGUCAGCAUCGGUAGAUUACAGCAAGGAGAGUCAGUACUCAUUCAUGCAGGCGCAAGCGGGCUCGGCCAGGCUGUCAUUCAGAUGGCAAACCACAUCGGUGCCCAGGUUUAUGCUACAGUCGGAGCUUUGAAGGAAAGGAAGCAUUUGAUGCUCACAUAUCAAAUUCCAGAGGAUCACAUUCUCGACUUGAACAAUACGUCUUUCGGAAAAGUUGUUCGACGUUUGACCAAUGGACGUGGCGUUGACCUGAUAAUCAAUACCAUAGGUCGGCAGCAUUUGGAGGAGACUUGGAAGUGCAUCGAUGAUCUUGGGAGGUUCGUUGAUAUCCGUAACGGCGAUCCAGCCGAAACAACAACUUUGACAUCAAUUCCUUCUCUCCGCAAUGUCACAUACUCAGCAAUCGACAGCUUCCAUAUGUUUCAGACCAACUUGGGGACAUCAGCCCGUCUAUUUCAGUCUGCUUUUGAUCUUGUCCGUUCAGGAUCUGUGAGAGAAUCCAGACCCAUCAACGUACUACCAAUAUCAGACAUCUCGGGAGCCUUCCGAGAAGCUCAAGAACGAACGCAUGGCAAAGUCGUUCUGCAAAUCAAUGACGAUAAUUUAGUACCCAUCGUGCCGCGUGAUUCUCAUCCUCUCCAACUAAGUCCCGAUGCCACUUACGUCCUUGUUGGUGGCUUGGGUGGGUUAGGACGAAGUUUAGCUGCUUUCAUAGUGAAGCAUGGUGCUAAGCAUGUUGCGUUUUUCUCUCGUUCAGGAGCCGUUUCUGAGGGACAGCUGGCUUUCAUGCACACGCUGAAAGAGCAAGGCAUUGAUGCAAAAGCCUAUGCUUGCGAUAUAUGCGAUCGAAACCAGUUGGGAGGAGUCUUGCAAAAGUGUUCGCAGGAGAUGCCGAAGAUACGUGGAGUGAUACAGGGAGCUGCAGUACUUCGUGACGCCAUCUUUGAGAAUAUGACAUACGACGAUUGGGCCACGGCUACAAGACCAAAGAUGCAAGGCAGUUGGAACCUUCACGAGACGAUGCCCAAGGACCUCGAUUUUUUUAUUUUCCUGUCCUCAUCAGCUGGAGCAAUCGGUGCUCGUGGACAAGCAAAUUACAAUUCUGGCAAUGGAUUCCAAGACGCGCUGGCCCAUCAUCGCAGAAGUAAAGGCCUAGCUGCAGUGUCUUUGGACCUCGGACCAAUUCUUGGUGCAGGGAUGGUUGCAGAAGACGAGGCCACACUAGAGAUGCUGCGGGCUGCUGGAUUCUUUGGUAUUCGUGAAAAGGACUUCCACAUUAUCGUCGGUGCUGCCAUGACAGGAUACACAGAGGAUGAACACCAUACACCGGCGCAGCUAAUAACAGGGAUCGGUACCGGGGGUGGCGUGAAGCAAAAUAAUGUCGGCGAUCCAUACUGGUACCGUGAAGCACGACUAUCCAUCAUGAGCAAGCUCGACCUCAUCCCUUCCUCGACCGAUAGCGCGACACUUUCCAUGCAAGAGCUUCUCUCAUCCUCAGACACACUAUCUGAAGCCUCAUUCAUCAUCCUAGAAGGUCUCAUUACCCUCUUCGCCAAAUCGAUGAACAUGCUACCAGGCGACCUGGACACGAGAAAGUCUGCAAGUGCAUAUGGCGUCGACUCGCUUGUCGCUGUUGGGACGAGGAAUUGGAUAUUCAGGGAGACGGGUGUUGAUGUUAGUAUCUUUGAAAUUUUGAGUGAAAGUACAAUUGCCGAGAUGGCGGAGGAUAUUGCGAGGAAGUGUAAGUUCCUUUCCAAGGAGGUAAGAGCAGGGGAGGAUGAUGAAUAA